AUGCUGGCAUCGCUGCUGCACGCCCGGCCCGCUGAGCACGGCCCGGCCCCGCGGGCCGGCCCCGGGCUGUCCCCCGAGCCGCCCAUGGCGCCGGAGCCCGAGGCGCUGCUGGACCUGAGCUUCCUGACCGAGGAGGAGCGGAGCUCCAUCGCCCGGGUGCUGCAGCGGGACUGGCAGCUCCGCCGCCGAGAGGAGGGGCGCAUCAGCAAACUCCGCAAGUCGGUGUCGGACCCGGCGCGGCUGCGGAGCCUCACCGGGGACUGGUUCUGCGACGCCCGGGCCCAGCGCCACCAGCCCCGCCUGGGCUCCGACCUGGUCCGAGCCUCCAUCCGCCGCCGGAGGCGGCCCCGGGGAGCCGGGGACCCGGAGCGCGGCCCCGGCCUGGAGGCCAUCGAUGAGCCGCUGGCAGGGGAGAAGGAGGAUGAGGAUGCUGCGCUGGAGAUGGACGAGAGUUCCCCCCCAGAGGAGGUGCAGGAGGCCGCUGAGCCCCAGCCCAGCGCCCCCGGCCCGGCUGCAGAGGGGACCCCGAGGUCACAGCCCGUGCUGCAGGGUGACAUCCCAGCGAGGGAGCAGCACAGCCCGGCCCAGGCAGGUAAACGGGGUGGGGGUGGCACGGGGGGUGGCACCUCCUUUGGCUCGUCCAGCACCGAGGGGGAUGAGGAUGAGGAUGAGGAUGAGGAUGAGGAUGAGGAGGAGGAGGAGCCGGGCUUGGCUCACGGCAGCCACAACGCUGGGCAGGGACCAGAGACCCCCCAGGCGGACCAGAACCCCCCAGACCCACUGUCCUCACAGAACGGCCACGCUGCCCCGAGCCUGCUGAGCACCAGCUCCUCUGUGUCCAGCCUCAGCUCCUCCACGCUGAGCGGGAGCCUGAUGAGCCUCUACAGCGAGGGGGAGCUGGGCAGGGUGGCCGUGCGGGGCUGCGUGCAGUUCUCCCUGCGCUACCAGCCGGCCGACAAGGAGCUGCAGGUGCACGUCCUGCGCUGCCGGGAGCUGGCCGAGGCCAAGAAGCAGCGCUCGGACCCGUACGUCAAGACCUACCUGCUGCCGGACAAGUCCAACCGCAGCAAGCGCAAGACCGCUGUGAGGAAGAGGAGCUUGGACCCCGUCUUCAAUGAGACCCUCAAGUACAAGCUGGAGAAGAGGGACCUGCAGGGCCGGACCCUGAACCUCUCCGUGUGGCACCACGACAGCCUGGGCAGGAACCUCUUCCUGGGGGAGGUGGAGGUGGCGCUGGGCACCUGGGACUGGGCCAACACGCGGCCCGAGUGGUUCAGUCUCCAGCCGCGGAUGCCCAUCCCCUCGGACGGCCUCGCCAGCCGCGGCCACCUCAACCUGGCGCUGAAGUUCAUCCCCGCCGGCUCGGAAGGAGGGGGGAUGCCACCCACGGGCGAGCUGCACAUCUGGGUGAAGGAUGCUCAGAGCCUCGUCCCGCUGCAGAGCGGCACUGUGGACGCCUUCGUGCAGUGCUACGUGCUGCCGGAUGACAGCAAGGCGAGCCGGCAGAAGACGCGGGUGGUGAAGCGGAGCCUGAACCCCCUCUUCAACCACACCAUGGUGUACGACGGCUUCCAGGCCAAGGACCUGGCCGAGGCGUGCGCCGAGUUCACCCUGUGGCACCACGAAGCCUUUUCCAAGCGCCAGCUGGGCGGCAUCCGGCUCAGCCUGGGCACGGGGAGCAGCUACGGGCUGCCCGUGGGCUGGAUGGACUCCACGGCCGAGGAGCAGGGCGUGUGGCGGCGGCUGCUGCAGCAGCCCGGGCGCUGGGUGGAGGCGCUGCUCCCGCUGCGCACCAACCUGGUCCCCCGGGCGUAGCCCCAGGACCAGCUGGAGCGGGAUCCGAGCCUGGGCACCCGGGGGCACUGUGCGGGCUGGCUCUGUGCCCUCCCCUUCCAGCAGCAAUGAAGUGGCACCGGCGGGCACAUCUGGCA